AUGGCAUUCAUCCAUCAUCCGAGAGCAAGGCCCGCUCGCGACCGCCACUCACCCCCGCCAUCUCACGAACCAACAUCCGCGCCUCGAGCCUCGUACAGCAAGACCAGUCAGGACAAUGCACACGACUGGAGCAUCGUCUUUCCCGGCAGGGUAAAGCAGACGGCAACCUCGGCCCAUGACAGCGACGAACCCCUGAGCGACAGCGCAGCCUCAGCCACACCGAGCUCGCCCGCAGAUCCCUUCCAGCCAGACCCUCAAACAGGACUGGCCCUCUCCCUCCCCCCGCUGCACGAUGGCACGGGACGCUUCGCGGGGGCCAGCGAGACCUCGGCCUCGCCCGCCGCCGACGACGUCGUCUCGUUAAGGUCGCCGCUAUCGCCGCAGUCGGACAUCUACACCGAAAGCGUGUUCAGCGCCACCGACUCGCACGACGAUGCCGACGGAGAGGUCGGGUUUGGCUCCGGCUCCGACUUUGAGUCCGACGCUAUCGCGCAUGCCGACGGCGAAGAGAAACCUUCGGCCACCGCUCGAGCAACGCCUCAAGAAUCGAGCCUCGCCACGUCGCUGGGCGCAAGCCGCGCCGGGUCGUGGUUGAGCGGCAACCAGAGCAUCGCAAGCACGCUUGACCACGUCUCCGUCACAGUCAACAUGGCCACCGAAGCUGGCCGGGGGGAUUGA